GCGGCGGCGGCGGCGCGGUGGCGCCCCCCGUCGGCCCGGGGGUCCGUGCCGCCCCGUGCCGCCCCGUGCCGUCCGCCGGCGCCGCCGCCAGGAGCCGCCGCCAUCUUGUCACCCCCAGCGGAGGGGAGGCAGCGCCCCUCCCCGCACCGCCGGGCCGCGGCGCUCGGCCAGGUAGGCCCCGGCCCCGGCCCGACCGGGUGAUUGAGGUACUGCGCCUCUGGCCGUGGAAGCAUGUCGGGGCCAGUGCCGAGUCGGGCCAGGGUCUAUGCAGACGUGAACACUCAGAGACCCCGCGAGUACUGGGACUACGAGUCGCACGUCGUGGAAUGGGGCAACCAAGAUGACUAUCAGCUUGUGCGGAAACUCGGCCGCGGCAAAUACAGUGAAGUCUUUGAAGCCAUCAACAUCACCAACAACGAGAAAGUGGUUGUGAAGAUCCUCAAGCCUGUGAAAAAAAAGAAGAUCAAACGUGAGAUUAAGAUCCUGGAGAAUCUCCGAGGAGGCCCCAAUAUCAUCAGCCUGCUGGACAUAGUGAAGGACCCCGUGUCCCGCACGCCUGCCCUGGUUUUCGAGCAUGUCAACAACACAGAUUUCAAGCAAUUGUACCAGACGCUCUCCGAUUUUGACAUACGGUUCUACAUGUACGAAAUCCUAAAGGCGCUGGAUUACUGUCACAGCAUGGGCGUCAUGCAUCGAGACGUCAAGCCACACAACGUCAUGAUUGAUCACGAGCACAGAAAGCUGCGCCUGAUCGACUGGGGGCUGGCAGAGUUCUACCACCCCGGCCAGGAGUACAACGUGCGGGUGGCGUCGCGGUACUUCAAGGGACCGGAGCUCUUGGUGGAUUACCAGAUGUACGACUACAGCUUAGACAUGUGGAGCUUAGGCUGCAUGCUGGCCAGCAUGAUCUUCCGGAAAGAGCCCUUCUUCCACGGCCACGACAACUACGAUCAGCUCGUGCGCAUCGCGAAAGUGCUGGGGACAGAGGAUCUGUACGACUACAUCGACAAGUACAACAUCGAGCUUGAUCCCCGCUUCAACGACAUCCUCGGCAGACACUCGCGGAAGCGGUGGGAGCGCUUUGUGCACAGCGAGAACCAACACCUCGUCAGCACCGAGGCGCUCGACUUCUUGGACAAGCUGCUGCGCUACGACCACCAGACGCGCCUGACAGCCCGGGACGCCAUGGAGCAUCCCUACUUCUACCCCAUAGCAAAAGACCCGGCGAGGAUCGGCACCUCGGCUGGACUCUCGGCCAGUAACACGCCCGUCAGCUCCUCCAGUAUGUUGGCGGGUAUUACCUCGAUGUCCGCGUCGCAGCCCAUCGGCGGCCUGGCCGCGUCACCCGUCAUCUCCUCUCCCAACGCUUUGGGCUCGCCGGUCCCCGCCGCAGCCGGCGUGCAGCCCUGAGCUCACCUCUCCGCCGCCACGUUCCCACAGCGCCGAGGCCGGUGCCGCGCCUGCCUUCUGCCCCUGCCGCCCCGCAACAGCCACCGACGCCGACCCACCGCCGGCAGCCCCUGCCCGGAGGCAGAAAUGGGGUGGGGUGGGGGCACUCUGGAAUUUUAUUUUUAUUUUUGUUGAAUAUGGGAGGGAAAAAAAAAAAAAGCAAAAAACGUGUAGGUUCCUUUUUCUUUUUCUCUGUGCAGUAACACUAUCGCGCUCCGGCGCUGGGCCAAGGCCGAUGUGGUGUGUCUGUGGGGGGCAGGGCCUGAGCCGCGCUCUGCUCAGAUCAUGGUUAGUGACGCGACUACAGUGUAGAAAUCUAAAAUGAAUAAUAAAAUUUAUUUUCUAUGUCCCUAACAG